UAACUGCGUUGAUACUUCCGAGAGCAGCGCGGCUCAGCAAGACACGCGUUGUUAAGAGGGGGCCGGAGAGGAAAGCGUGUUGUUGCUGGUUGGACACGGGCGAGCCAAGAUGGCGGAGUACCUGGCGUCGAUUUUUGGGACAGAAAAAGACAAGGUAAAUUGCUCUUUUUACUUCAAAAUUGGUGCCUGUCGACAUGGAGACCGCUGUUCUCGAUUACACAAUAAGCCAACAUUCAGCCAGACAAUUGCUCUCCUGAACAUUUACCGCAAUCCUCAAAACAGCGCUCAGUCUGCUGAUGGCCUCACCUGUGCCAUCAGCGACAUGGAGAUGCAGGAGCACUAUGAUGAGUUUUUUGAGGAGGUCUUCACAGAGAUGGAAGAAAAGUAUGGUGAGGUGGAGGAGAUGAACGUGUGUGACAACCUCGGGGACCACCUGGUGGGGAAUGUGUACGUGAAGUUCCGCUGUGAAGAGGAUGCCGAGAAGGCAGUGAUCGACCUGAACAACCGGUGGUUUAACGGGCAGCCCAUCCAUGCGGAGCUCUCCCCUGUCACGGACUUCAGGGAAGCCUGCUGUCGCCAGUAUGAAAUGGGGGAAUGCACUCGAGGUGGUUUCUGCAACUUCAUGCAUCUGAAACCUAUCUCACGCGAGUUGAGGAGAGAGCUGUAUGGACGUCGUAGGAAGGGCCGUCACAGGUCCCGCUCACGCUCCAGGGAGCGACGAUCCCGCUCGCGGGACAGGGACAGGGAUAGAGAUAGAGGCCGGGGGGGCGGCCGUGACCAUGAUAGACGGCGCUCCAGGGACAGAGAGCGCUCGGGACGCUUCUGAGCCCCAAAGCCAGAACUACUUCUUGCUUCCUUGUACCUUCCGCACCAUUUUUUUUUUUUUUUAAGUUUGUACCCUCCUGUUCCCGCGUUUAUUGUAGGAAGAAUGGUGUCAGAUUUUUGAAGCUGCGACAGCUUUAAGUAACUUGUGUUAUGUACUGAAAUGACAUUCACCCCAUUAAAAUUUUUACGUAAUGUGAUGGCGA